AUGGAGGAGUCCCAGGGCCUGGACGCCCUCAUGACUCAUGGGUCUGCGGGGGGGGCCUACCUCAUGGUGGUGGCCCAGGAGCAGCGGGGGGGCGGCGCACAAGAGGACGAGGAGGGGGUCGCCGUGGAGGCGGGGGCAGAGGGGGCCUCGUGGGCGGCACGCUCAAGCGGGGCCAGAAGAGUGGGGCCCGAGGGGGGCGCGGCCGCGGCGGGGCCGGCGUCGCGGGCGGUGGGCGUGGUGGCCGUGGACGCGGCCAGCGGGGACGUGGUGUGGGGCGUCACGAGCGCGGGGCUGGUGCAGAGCGGCCUGGAGGCGGCGCUGCUGUCGCUGGCGCCGUCAGAGGUGGUGGCGCUGGAGCCCCUGGGCCACGACACGGCGCGGCUGCUGGAGCGCUUCGCGGGGCGCGGGCCCGGAGCGGCCGGCGGCGGCGGCAGCGGCGGCGGCGGCGGCGGCGGUACGGGACAGUGCGGGCGCGUAUCGCGGCUGGUGCGGUUGCCGGGGGGUGCGUACCUCUCCAACGCGGCCCUGGCGCGGCUCAGCGAGUUCUACGCGCCGUCAGGCGACGGCGGCGGCGGCAGCGGCAGCGAUGACGGCGGCAGCGGCGCGGACGGUGUGCGUGGGGGUGGCGAGGGCAACAGCGGGCCAGGGGCGGAACCAACUGGCACGACGACGGCGGCGGCAGCUGUGGCGGACGGCGGCGGCGGCGGGUCUGGCGGUGGUGUCGGCGGUGGGGGCGCGCUGGACUUUGUGCUGUCCCUGCCUCCGCUGGUGCUGCAGGCCCUGUCUGCCGCGGUGGAGUACCUCCAGGGCUUUGGGCUGGCGGGCGUGCUGCGCGAGACGUCGGGGUUCCGGCCGCUGGCGGGGGCGCAGGGCCUGGUGCUGUCCAGCAACGCGCUGCGCCAGCUGGAGCUGCUGGCCACGACUGGGGGUGCCUACAAGGGCUCCCUGCUGCACCUCCUGGACCGCACCGCCACCGCCUUUGGCUCCCGGCUGCUGCGCCGCUGGGUGGCGGCCCCCCUGGCUGACCGCGGCCUCAUAGAACAGCGCCUCGACGCGGCACAGGAGCUGCUGGCCGCGGCGUCGCCCGCACUGGCGGCGCUGCCCUCUGAGCUGCGCCGCCUGCCAGACCUGGAGCGCGCCUUCACGCGCUGCGCCCACGGCAACGCCUCGCCGGCAGAGGCCGUGGCCGCGCUCAAGGCGCUGCAGCAGGCGCCAGCAGGCACCGCCGCGGCGCAGGACGCCGCGCGCUCGGCCGCCGAGGCGGCGUCCUGCGCCGCGGCGUCCGCGCCGCUGCUGCAGCGGCUGCUGGCAGAGGCGUGCUCCCCGGUCGCGGGCGGCGCGGCGGCCGCGGCGCUGGCCGUGCUCAACGAGCGGGCGGCGCGCGGCAACGACUUUUUGGCGCUCUUCAGCAGCCGGGAGCGCUUCCCCGAGGUGUUUGAGCGCGCCGAGGCGGUGGCGGCCGCUGAGUCGCACCUCCAGGGUCUGCUGCCCCAGCUGGCGCGCGCGGCGGGUGUCCCCCCUUCCAGGAUGGCCUACGGGGACUACCUGAUUGAGCUGCCGGCCAGCAGGGACAGCGUGCCACAGGGCUGGGAGAAGGUCUGCUCCACAAAAAAGGUGUCGCGCUGGCACCCCCCAGAGGUCCGCGCUGGCAUGUCGCGGCUGGCAGUGGCGCGUGAGACACACAGGGCGGCCUGCAGCGCAGCCUGGGCCUCGUUCCUGCGCGAGUUUGCGCGCCGCCACCACCCGGCGUGCCGCGCCGCCGUGGCGGCCCUGGCGCACCUGGACGCGCUCUGCGCCCUGGCGGCGGUGGCGGCCUCUCCCGGCUACUGCCGCCCCGCGUUGGCCGAGGAGGGCGCGGCGCCGCGGCUGGUGGUGCGUGGGGGCCGCCACCCGACCCUGGACCUGGCGCUGGAGGGGGGGGCCGUGCCCAACAGCCUCGAGCUGAGAUGGGACGGCGUCAGGGGGGCCGUGGUGACGGGUGCGUGGGGCGCUGUGCCGGCACCUGCUGCCGCCUCCUUUGCUGCUCUGGGCAUUUGA